CACUUCUCUCUCUCUCUCUUUUUAUAUCUUGUCUUACAUUCUGGGUUUUGUCUUGGUUUCUCUCUCUUCUCCGCGCUUCCUUGUUCCUGAAGACAUAUAAUAUAACCUCAGGAGAUACUAUGAUUAAACCUGAGAGAGAACUUAAAGUAAGCUUUGGCUAUCAAUGCAAUGGUGACAGAGUUGGCUCUUAUGAGGCUUCCAGUGGAUAUGAAAUCGUGCCUGAUCUCCGAAGGAACAGUAGUUUCUCUUGCUUGUCUGGAGCAGCGUUAAGUGCCAAUGCCACUCUGGCAAACACUAAUAUCUGCAAUGGUUUGAUAGGGGAAGAAAUACUUCCUAGUUGGGACUCCCCUAAUUCAUUUCGUAAGGUACCAUCUUCACCAAGGUUGGAUAUAUUAUCAUCUUCUCUUCAGAGUAGUAUGUCAAACUUAAGUUGCAGUCCUUCUACGCCCGAGUCUGAUUCUUACUUGAUGAAAUCUAUGAGUCCUACAUCGAGAGGUGAAGGUUUUCUCAAUUCCAUGGAAGUACAAGUGGCAGGUGGAGCUGCUGGUGAAGACAGGGUCCAAGCGGUUUGUUCUGAAGAAAAUGGGUGGCUGUAUUGUGCAAUAUAUGAUGGCUUUAAUGGAAGAGACGCAGCUGAUUUCCUGGCUGGGACACUGUAUGAAACCAUUGUUUUUUACUUCAAUUCAUUGGAUUGGGAAUCAAAUCAGGAAUCCAUCAAUGCUUCUAAAGGGAUAAAUAUUGAUGGGUCUCUUCCAUUUGUUAAAGAUGAUAGUGAUAUUGAAAAUAUCUCCAAGGAUGCUUCAUCUACUGAAAUAGAAAUGUCAACUGAUACAUUCAGGAAUGGGGUCCUUGAUAGCCUACAACAAGCUCUUAGUCAGGCCGAGAAUGAUUUUCUAUACAUGGUUGAGCAGGAAAUGGAGGAUCGCCCUGAUUUGGUCUCUGUUGGGUCUUGUGUUUUGGUUGUGCUUCUUCAUGGGAAUGAUUUGUACACACUUAAUUUAGGUGACAGCCGGGCUGUGUUGGCAACACAUGGUGAUGGCGAUUUCAUGAAUGGGAGUGAGAGACUGAAAGCUAUUCAGCUCACAGGAAGUCAUACAGUUGAUAACGAAGUUGAAAGAACGCGAGUUUUGUGUGAGCAUCCUGAUGACCCCAUGUCCAUUGUGGCUGGAAAAGUAAAAGGGAAAUUGAAAGUCACUCGAGCUUUUGGAGUUGGUUAUUUGAAAAAGAAAAAACUGAAUGAUGCAUUGAUGGGGAUUCUUCGAGUUCGUAAUCUAAUAAGCCCACCGUAUGUUUCUACUCAACCAUCAGUGGAUGUGCGUAGAAUAUCAAAGUCGGAUCGCUUUGUUAUAGUUGCAAGUGAUGGUUUGUUCGACUUCUUUACCAAUGAUGAGGCGGUAAAGCUUGUCCAUUCCUAUAUCUCGAGUAACCCCUCGGGUGAUCCAUCCAAGUUUUUGCUGGAGCAGCUUGUAGUGAGAGCAGCCAACUCUGCAGGAUUCAGUAUGGAAGAGUUGAUGAAUAUACCAGCGGGGAGGAGGAGGAAGUAUCAUGAUGAUGUAACUGUAAUUGUGGUUAUUCUUGGUACAAAUCACCGUACCACAAAGGCAUCAACUUGUGCUUAAGGUCAUUCUUUGUUAUUAGUUUCGGUUGUGUAUUAGUAUAUUUUGUCCCUUUGCAUUAUAGUCUUAGGUUUCAAGAAUGUAUAUAGGGGAUGCCAGGUAUAUUUGCUUCUCAUCUGUAUAAAGGUUUAUCAUAAUCCAUUUUUGUUCGACAACC